AUGGCGAUCCCCACCAAGUUGCCCUUCUCCAAGCGGCGACUCCGACCGCGCGUGAUCAUUUCCUACAUCUUCGACUAUGUGAUCCUCAUCGCCUGUGUCAUCGGUUUCUGGAUCCUCGACUCCAUCGAACCCUACCAUCAACACUUCUCCCUCAACAACAUCUCGAUUCAGUAUCCCUAUGCCGUACACGAACGGAUACCCAUCGCCUACGCCCUCUGCAUCUCGGGCGCUUUCCCCGUGGCCCUAAUCGUCCUCUACACCCUCUUCAUCGAUGGUCUGUUUUCGCACAACAAGCCGCAGGAUGCGGUGUCAGGGAAGCGCAAGCUGACCGGUCCCCACCGGUGGAAGGAUAGACUCUGGGAGUUGAAUUGCGGGAUCCUGGGUCUGCUAUUGGCACAGGGGAUCAACUUUGUGAUCACCCAGGCGCUCAAGAACGCCUGUGGCAAGCCGAGGCCCGAUCUCAUUGACCGCUGUCAGCCACUCGCCGGCAGCAAAGAUCAUUUCCCUGGCCUGUCGAACUACACAAUCUGCCAGGGUGAUCCUACCAUUUUGAAGGACGGGUUUCGGUCAUGGCCAUCAGGCCACAGUAGCUCUUCGUUCGCCGGUCUAGUUUACACAUCCCUCUGGCUCGGCGGAAAGCUUCACGUCAUGGACAACCGCGGAGAAGCCUGGAAACCCCUCCUGGUCAUGGUUCCCCUCCUCGCGGCGACGCUUGUUGCCGUUUCGCGAAUCAUGGACGCCCGCCACCACCCCUUCGACGUGAUCACCGGCUCCAUGCUCGGCACUGUCUGCGGCUACGUCUCAUAUCGACAGUACUUCCCGCCGAUCACCGAAGCCUGGCGCAAAGGCCGCGCCUACCCAAUCCGCACCUGGGGCACCGAUCCCGCCGGCCCCGAUGCAGUCCGGUUGGUCGGCAAGGAAAACAGCAUGACCGCGCUCCGCAAUCCAGAGGAUGAGCGCAUCGAUCCCGAUAUCCCUCGGUCAGAACGGACCAGACCCGACGACCCGGCGUAUCUCGAUUCCUCGAAUCCCUUUGCCUCAAACAUGAACAAUCGCCGUCCCUAUGACCACGACCCCGACGGCGGUGCUUGGUCGUCGAGUGAGGAUGACGUGACCAACAAUGGGUACGAGAUGCGCCAUGAGUAUUCAAUGUCGCAGAAUCCUGCCGGUCGCCAUAAUCCCCCUUACGACUCUGGCACUGCCUAUGUGUCUCAGACACAGCCGCUUACCACCGAAGUGACGGCGGGCCCGGGACGGCCGUUGACGGACGCCCCUGGGCGAGCUUUUUAG